AUCAGCGAGCACCACAAUUUCCACACUGUACAAACAUUCAGCCCAAAGGCCCCGAAGCAAUAGAGAGCAGGUUUCUGUGUGCAAUGGCCUCUUCGCUGCCGUGCUGAACGAAUAACUUUCUCAAUUUUGUUAUCAACGCGAAACGCGAAGAAAGUACCGGACCGUCUUUUUAAACCACGCAAACUAUACACAUACACACCCCAAACGAAACAGUGGCUAUCCUCUACCGUCCUAGUGUCCGGUGAAAGGAGCGAAAAAUCGGGAUUUCAUUUGUUGUUGUUUUUGUGAUCGGUGCUGUGGUGUAUUUUUCCCGAAAAAAAGUGAGACGGGACUGUAUCGAAAGCUGCUGAGCUGGUGUAGUUUUGGUGAAGAGCGAUAUUGUGCGGUGUUGGUUUGUUUAUUGCGGUGCAAUCGAACUUGUCCCAGUGCAUCCCUGUGAUCUUGUGCGUUGUUUUGUGAAGGAAGCCUCUCUCGGUAGUUGGUAUUGAAACGCAAGCGAACUUGUUACCUCGAACUUUACAUCGGUCAUAUCGCCUGACCGUGGCACACUACAGGAAGUGGCCCCGCGCGCGUGUGUGUGUGUGUGUGUGUGUGUGCGUACCGUGUAAUUAAAGUUGUGUCUCGCAAAUGGUAACGAUUGUUAAUGGAAAGCUGUAACUUAUGGGAUUGAAAUCGUAGGUGCAAAUAUUGUAACAAGCAACGCUCCAUUCCAAGCCCAACACAUUGUUAUGGUUUUCUAAAUUUAGCUGCUAGCUGCUCAUUUCAUCUGCCACCCAAGCGAGGUCAAUAUUGGCAAGCAGAAUCGCGCGACUACAUUUGCAUAAGGAAGCAAAAAACAGCGAAACGAUCAGCAAAUACGAAACCAAUCUGAAAUCCCAGCAACGUAGGAAAGUGGUCGUACAGGAGUGAUUCGUUCGUUCUGUGCAAGAAUCCGUGUGGCAAGGGUGGCCUUCCGCUAAUCAGCAGCUUCUCCCCUCACAUACACACAUACGCUCGCUGUACGAAGGGAGCAAACAGCAGACGGGGUCCAUUAUUUGACUGUUGAUGAUAGAAUUUCGGGACGGUUCCAUAUUUUUUAUCAUCAUUACGCGUUGAAAACAACAAGCCUGAGGAGGAGUAAAAAAAGCACAAACAAACACAACAGUGAAACUCAGGUCCCAGGGCUUAUCCCCCGGAACGGCGGUGUGUGAAUCGCGGCACGAAGUGUCGUAAAAACAAAACAGAAGUAGUGGUGGUGUAUUCGCUUGCCCCUGUGUGCGUUGUUGGAUGUUGGAUGCGAUUGUGCGACGAGUGUGUGCGGAAAUUAUAAUAUUCCCAUUUAAACGCCUCUCCCGAACGACCUGAGGACGACCGCCUGGGGAGCUUGCGGAGGAGUGCGGUAUUCUCCACUUCAAUUGCUGCACGUCGUAAAAAACUAUCUUAGCAAGCGCCAGAUCACAUCUGUUUGUGGUACGAUACAGAUAUCUCUCCAUACUACUAAGAUCGCUUGAGGAGUGGCCAGUGGUUGCUAGGGAAACAUCGCACCACAGCAACAAUGGAUGUAACGUUGAUCGUGAAAGCAUCCAACCAGCAAUGCGAGGACCUUACCAUCAAAUGCGAACCAUCCUGGACGAUUCGUCGGUUAAAGGGCCAUCUCACGGAAGUUUACCCGGGAAAGCCGAGCACCGAUGAACAGAAGCUGAUCUACUCCGGACAACUGCUCAGCGACAGCGUGGUCCUGAAGGAUGUCCUUCGCCAGUACGAUGGACAGCAGGCUCACACGGUGCACCUAGUUUUCACGCCAAAGAACAGCUAUUACGGGGGCAGCAGCAGCGGUAGUAAAUCGAAUGCCAGCAGUAAAAUGGUGCCCAACUCAAGCACAUCCUCUGCGGGACCGAACGCGACCAGUAAUAGCAACGGUAGCAGCGGCAACCAAGCUGCCAGCAGUAGUGCCCCGGUUGGUGCACCUUCCUACGAUAGAACCGCGCUCGGUGACGGUUUGAGCACCAUGGAGGAAACGAGCGGAGACGGUGUGCGCCAUCGUUCGGUUUCGCAGGGCAGAUCGACGGCAGCAAGGGCAAACCCUGCGAGACCGUCGCAGUUCGCAGAGCAAACGGCCGCCUAUCAAAGCUUUAUGCAGCAUACGUACAUGCAGUACUUUAACCAAUACGUUAAUCUAAUUAAUGGACAAAACAAUGCGAACGCUCUUUAUGCUGCCUCGGGCCUUCCAGGAGCAGCUGGAACUGCAGAAACGGCCGCCACCUCCACAAAUCCCCUCUCCGGAGCGCAACCCUUUCCAGCUGUUCCGUUUGUACCGCUGGUACAACCAACGGCAAUGGCUGGCGGUUUCCCGAAUCUUGCCUAUUACCCCUGCAUGACCCCAGCGCCCUACUCGAGUGGGUUUCCUUCAGCCACCAACAUUCCUUCCGCUCCGUCCGGUGCCGUAAAUGCUGGCAAUGUACCAGCCAGCGUACUAUCAUCUUCUAGCUCCUCCGGUCAACCAAUUCCUUCGCCACAAACGAGUUCAUCGAUGGCGGAUGCAAGUACGACACCGUCUGCGGUACCUUCGGCAAGCGGCACGGACACAGCAGCAGCAGCAGAACAACAGGCAGGAGCAGCGGCACAGGAUGGAGCAGCACAGGCAGGUGCCGGGGCAGCUGCCCCAGCCCGUGCCCGCCGGUUUCCGAACAUUGUCGUCGAGGAGCAGGAAAACAACGACUGGCUGGACGUGUUCUUCAGCAUGUGUCGGAUAGGAAUACUGAUCACGGUGAUCUAUCUGUACUCGUCUCCGAUGCGCUGCCUGACGGUGCUCUUCAUCGGUGUGAUGUUGUAUCUGAAAAAACAUCUGGAUCGUGUGUAUCAGGCGAUCGACAGACGUAUACCGCGUUUGCAACCGAAUCAGGAGGCUAACGCUGCCGCCGCUGCUCCACAGCCCGUGGCAGCGGUCCAGCCAAACACUAACGUACCUGACCACAACCCGGCCGAGCAGCAGCGACCGCCCAACGUUGGCGCCUCGGGUGUGGAGAAUGUUUCCAAAACGACGGAAAAUGCUGCUGGACCAUCGGGCAGCCAGGAAACCAACGAUGCAUCAACCAGCAGCAGAACGGCCAUGCCACGACCCAGCUCGAGCGGACGAGGUAACGAACCAACCACGAAAAACGAAGCUGCUGCGGAUGACCAGCAGCAGCAGCAGCAGCAGCUACUGCAACGGACUGAAGAACGGACGAAUACAACCGAAGGCGAGACGGCAGCAACCGCGGAACAGCCUGCCGCCGAAGGUCAGCGGAUGACACUUAACGAUAUGACCUCGUUCCUCGGGACGCUGGUGAUAACGUUCUUCACGUCCAUCAUUCCUGACACGCCCGCAGCGUAAAUCUUUACGUGCCCAAAAAGAAAAAGGGAAUCGACGGCGACAAAGCGGUAAGAGUUUGAGGUUUGCUGUGGGUUUUGUCUUCUAAAUUUUGUUCGCGCGAAAAAAAGAACAACGAAAACAGCUUUUGUACAGUUAGAGUUAUACGACCCGGGUGGGAUUGUUGAGGGCAGAACCGGCAUAUGCUUGUAGGUAGGAUCGCCCCUCGUUCUGCAUUACCUGAUAUGAUUUGUUACUCUUUUUGUUUGGUUUUUUAAAAGGUACACUCAUAUAUACAAUAAUUUAAUAAUCUGUGUUAGUAACGGCCAUGCAUGUAGAGGGAGCAGCAGUGGGAGAGGUUUGAGUGGCAUUCGGUAUACUUGCAAGUCGCCAUCAAGGAAAGCUAACAUCGGAACGAUCUUCUCCUCCAAGAGCCUGCUUUCCUAAGCUGUUCUGAUGGAGAGAUCUAACCCUGGCAGUCUGCGCUUACAACUCUCUCCAGUUUUUCUCAUCCCAUCCGGACCGCAUCCCCGCACGUAAGGCUGACUACUUUACUAUGGGUAAAAUCAAGUCACAGAAAGCCAGAAAUGACAGGCCGAGACCUCUCGUGGUUGUAGCACUUACUUGUUUAUAAGGCGCUACAACCGCUUUGCGGUCUUGGCCUGCUGCAACAAUCCUCGAUACCGCUCGCAAUCCGUUAUCCCGGCCGUUCUGGCGGACGUAUCAACGCCAUCACUCCAUCUCAAUUUGGGCCUAUCACGCCUCCUCUGCCCGUGUGGACGGCCUAAAAGGACUUUACGGGCUGGGUCGUCCGGUGUCAUUCUCAUGACGUGACCAGCCCACCGGAGCCUGGCGAGUCUAAUGCGCUGCACGAUGGUGAGAUCAUCGUACAGCUCGUAGAGCUCGUCAUUGUAGCGGCUUCUCCAUUGUCCUUCCACACAUACGAAGGCCUAAAAUCCUUCCGAGCAUCUUCCUUUCGAACGCGGCUAAGAGGGUUUCGUCAGUUUUGGACAGAGUCAAUGUUUCAGAGGCGUAUGUGAGUACUGGGACUAAAAAUGUUCUGUACAGUUCCAGCUUCGUCCUUCGCGACAGGUAUUUAGAGUGGAGAAGUUUCCUCAGUUUGUAGCAUGACCGGGUGGCAGCCAGCACCCUUGCGCGUACCUCAACAUCAAUGUUGUUGUCGGUGGGCUGGCUUUUGAUCCCAGAUAGGUGAAGUUUUUGCCCAGAUAGGUGAAGAUAGGGUGAGGCUGUAGUGCCACCGAACAAGCAGAAGCUUAUAGGACUUGUCUCCUGCAACAGUACAGGUCAUGAUCGUCUAUUUUUGUCUUCUUUUACUGCAUCGACACCGUUUCCUGGCUCUACGUGCAGUGGCCUAAGUUCUUUGCUUUUGAGAAGCCAUUCCCCGUCAAAGCCAGGAUAGAAGCACCUUCAAUCAGGCACUUGCUUCCUGCAAUUCAUGUGUCCUCAUGUAUCCUUUUCAAUUUUUCGAUACUUGGAGAGGGUUUCAGCCAAAGCGUCCCAACAUUGUCUUCGUUGGCUCUUGUUUUCUUAUUUUUAACUAGCCAUUUUCAUAAAAGGUGAGCUGCCGUGCAACCUAUUAAUGCUUCCUGCAAACAUACUGAUUGCCUCUCAAACCUCUCCCACUCUCGCCUCAUUCGCUGCGGAAUCCUCCGAUCCCCCAGCCAUACUCAUCACCAUUUUCCUUUUUCCAACGGUCCGCAGUUAGAGUGAACAAGACUAGUAGCAAUCACAUCAUCGACUCGGUAGCAAGCAUUUCCAACACAAUAUCACACUGGAUGAGCUGUAUACGUUCAUUGGUCCUUCGAGCUAGAAGCCUGGUUAGCGAGCAAUCCAGUGGGUCCGGUGAGCAGGACACUGAGGGACAGAUUUCGGUCACAAAGCACAAUUUGCUGCAACGCUUUCGGAAGCAUAUCCCACAUUCAUAGUUGUAAAAGAUUGCCAUUACACUUUUUGUUUCUUCUUCCCGCUGGGAGGGCAGAAUUUUGCGCUUUAGAUGCGAAUAAAUGGUAGCAAAAAUUACAAAAAACCAGAUAACUUUAUCGGAAUUUAGAGUAGUGGAUAGCGAGAUAGAUUUUUGGGAAAGUUAGAUGGAUGAUUACGGUGUUGGACUCUCUGACCUUGAAGAAGAGUGUACAGCUUUAGGGAAAUGAUCGGAGGCGCAGAUUUUGGUUCGUUUAGGCUCGGACUAACCAAAAAAAGGAAGAAAAAAACAUUAUUAGCAGCGGUAGAGAAUAACAGAAACGUGUAACUAAUUGUUUUUAGGCUUGUGUUGUGUGUGUGUUUCUUAUCCCAUUGCAGUAAGCCCUAAGUUUAACCUUCUUGUUAUAAAUCAUUGUGAUUGAUGUAUUAAUAAUAUUUGAAAAUAAAGUGUAAAAAAAAGUCAAAAGUUUA